AUGCACCUAUCCGACUCCUUCAUCGUUUCUGUCGCCGUGGCCGUCUGCGCCAGCACCCUUGUCAGUGCCGAGGGGCAUCUCAGGAUAAUCUAUAGGUGUGGUUCUGGUACUCCAACGCUCGUCCAAGGCGGCAGGGUCCUCUCUACUGGAGGAGAUUUCGUCAGCAACGGGCCCUUGAACAGCGCCGUAGCUUACCUGCAGACAGGCCAAUGCGGCUUCGACGGCCAGAACUGCGCCGCCGUAGAGAUGACGCUCGCGAACCCGUCCGACUCCUUCGCCGACAUCAGCCUGAUCCCGCCACACGCCUUCAACGUCGGGUCGGUCUCGUUCAGGUUCUUCGGCACAUGCUCCGGCUUUGGGGCGACCUGCGCCAGCGCGGGCUGCGGCGCGGCGAUGCAUUCCGCGGACGACACGGGCGCGAUUGUGUUCUGCGGAGAGAGCGAUGUGAACCUGCUUGUCGAGUUCUGCGUGUGA